AUGGUUGGAAGGUCCGUUCAACCACUUAUUGGGUUUAUUGUGCUUUUACUAUGUUCCAAACCCGACCUUGGAUCCUGUAUUCAGGUUGGUGAUGCUAAAGUUGGGUGCAUAGAGAGGGAGAGACAAGCUCUCCUUAAGUUUAAAGAAGACAUUGCUGAUGAUUUUGGAAUUCUUUCUUCAUGGAGGAGUGAAAAGAACAAAAGAGAUUGUUGCAAAUGGAGAGGAGUCCAGUGUAGCAGCCAAACCGGUCACAUAACCUCGCUUGAUCUCAGUGCCUAUGAAUACAAAGAUGAGUUCCGGCAUUUAAGAGGUAAGAUUAGUCCUUCAUUGCUUGAACUGCAGCAGUUAAACCAUUUGGACCUUAGUGGCAACGAUUUUGAAGGGAGGUCUAUGCCUGAAUUUAUUGGUUCCCUCACCAAAAUGAGAUACCUCGAUCUCUCUUCUACUUAUUUAGCUGGACCUCUUCCCCAUCAACUUGGAAAUCUUUCAAACUUGAAUUUUCUUGAUCUCAGCGGUAAUUCUAAUAUGAGUUCUGAAAAUCUCGACUGGCUUUCUCGCCUUUCUUCUUUAACACACCUUGGCCUGAAUCAUCUUAACCUUAGUAAAGCCAUCCGAUGGGCAGAUGCAAUUAAUAAACUUCCUUCUCUCAUUGACUUGCUCUUAAAAUCUUGCGAUCUCCCUUCCCCCAUCACUCCAUCUCUUUCCCUUGUUACUUCUUCAAUGUCUCUUGCCGUCCUUGAUCUCUCUUGUAAUCAGCUCAGUACUUCGAUAUACCCAUGGUUGUUCAACUUCAAUAGCAGCCUUGUUCAUCUUGACCUCUCCUAUAAUCAUCUGCAGGCUUCACCUCCUGAUGCUUUUGGGAACAUGGUUUCUCUUGAAUACCUUGAUCUCUCUUGGAACCAACUUAAAGGUGAGAUUCCGAAAUCUUUUAGUAGCAGCCUUGUUUUUCUUGACCUCUCUAAUAAUCAGUUACAAGGUUCAAUUCCAGACACUUUUGGGAACAUGACCUCUCUUAGAACUGUCAACCUCACUAGGAAUCAACUUGAAGGUGAGAUUCCAAAAUCCUUCAACAAUUUAUGUAAUUUACAGAUACUGAAGUUGCAUCGAAACAAUCUUGCUGGAGUGCUUGUAAAAAACUUGUUGGCUUGUGCAAAUGACACAUUGGAAAUUUUGGAUUUAUCUCAUAACCAAUUCAUUGGAUCACUCCCUGAUUUGAUUGGAUUUUCAUCGUUGACAAGGUUGCAUCUUGGACAUAACCAACUAAAUGGGACUUUACCUGAAAGCAUAGCACAGCUAGCUCAACUUGAAUUGUUGAAAAUUCCUUCAAAUUCAUUGCAAGGCACUGUCUCUGAGGCCCACCUCUUCAGUCUCUCCAAAUUGCAACGUUUGGACUUAUCUUUCAACUCCCUGUUGACUUUGAAUUUGAGCUCAGACUGGGUUCCCCAAUUUCAACUCACUCAUAUAUUUUUAGCCUCUUGCAAACUGGGACCACGUUUUCCAGGCUGGCUUAGAACUCAGAAAGGUGUUGGUUGGCUUGAUAUCUCAGGUUCUGGAAUUUCGGAUGUCAUCCCCAAUUGGUUUUGGAAUUUCACUUCCAAUUUGAAUCGGUUAAAUAUUUCCAACAAUCAGAUCACUGGUGUUGUGCCGAAUGCAUCAAUAGAAUUUUCUCGUUUCCCUCAAAUGGAUAUGAGUUCAAACUACUUCGAGGGUUCAAUACCAGAUCAAUUUCUUCGUUGUGUGCGGUUAGUCGCGGAGCUUCGGCCUAUCUUGACCUCUCGAAUAAUCUGCUGUCAGGAUUUUGGGGAAUCUGUGGCACUUUACUCCUCAACAGCUCAUGGAGAAAUGCCAACUUCAUAUCCUUGA